AUGUUGUCUGAAGUCUUGAAAAAAGCCUCUGAAGCAUCAAACGUCGUCGAGAAGUUAAACUUAUUCAUUUUGGAGGGAUGAGAGAGAGUAAUUGGCUGGGAAUAAUGACUGGAACUGACAUUGAAGUCAUGGAAAGGACUGCUGCCGAGGAGACAAAGUCCAUUAUUCAGGAGUACGAAGCAAUUGUGGAGAGUCUUCAGGUGGACCUGAGGGACUGCAAGGAAGAACAAAUUCGUCUUCGGGGAGAGGUUGAGUCCCUCCAAAAGGAGAACCGAAUCACCGCAGAAGUAGCCAGAACAUCGUUCUCACAUUCCAACAACAUUGAGUACCCCAGGAGUCUCGAUGACAAAGAAUCAAUCGAUAAUCUCAAGAAACAAAUAUCCCUGGUGCAAUUGGAGAAGGACUCGAUGUUCCAACUCUGGCAGAUGGCCUUGAAGACAGUUGAGACCCUCGAGAACGAGAUAAAGGCCUCGCACAACGAUGUGACAGCCCACAGAUACUACGAAGAGCAAGUGAAUAAUGUCAAAGAGACGUACUCAGAGGCCAUCAAAGCACUGGAAUCAAAGUUAGUCCAAGCGAAAGAGAAUUUCAUCAAGCAUCAGGCGUUGUGGGAGUCCUGCAGGGAACGAGUGGACGUCCUCAACAGGGAAAAAUCUGAACUCGAGAGGACAAUUCAGAAUCUUCACAACGACCUCUUCAUCAAGGAGGAGACACACAAGAAAAUAUUGGAGAAACUUACAUCGAAUUUAGAAGAUAAAAAUAGGGAAUUGGAAGCCAACCAAAAUGCCCAACAGAAAUUGGAGACUGAAUUGAUUGAGACUCGAUGUUUAGCUACGAGGAUGGCGACUAAGGAUCAGGAAUCAAAAGCCAAAGUUGCAGAGGCUAUUGUUCUUGUGGAGACAGCGAUGAGGGAAAAAGAGAUGAUAAUGCAGAGAGAAACAGCUGCUUUGGAGGAGAAAUCGAAGCUGGAAUCUCAUUUGACGAAUAUUGCAGAAGAAUUUGCGAUGAAAUUGGAGAAAGAAUUGUUGCACUGUAAAGAGAGCUUUGAAAUGAAUUGUAAAAAAUACACAUUUGAGAUUAAGGAGCUGAAGUCAGAGUUGAGAGAGAAGGUGACACUUCUCGAUCGAGCCCACAGAGAAAUUCAAAUGCUGGAGGAGGAGAUGGAGAAGAGGAAACAUGGAAAUGAGGAUUAUCUGCAUCGCUCGUCCUCCAAAGUUCUUGAACUCGAACAGAAGCUGAAGAAUUCUGAGGAGAAAUUGAUUAUCUCUGAGGAGAUGAAUAAGAGAAAGUUCGAGGAGAAGAUGAAGACGUCUGAGAGUAGAAUUCUUGAGCUCGAGGAGAAACUUUCGAGUGUCAAUGACAGGUGGAGGAAGAGUCAGCUGUUUGGGGGCAGAGAGAUGGAGGAGAGAAUCAGGGAGGCUGAUGAGAGGGUGAAAGAGGCUAUGGAGAGGUACUCAGGGGUUGAGAAGAGACUCACGAGGGCUUUGGAUGAGAGGGAGAGUGUUGCUAGUGAAUUGAGGUCCCUGCAGAUAACUUUUGACAGGGAAAUCGCGAGGAGGGAGAACGAGAGGAGGUUACUCGAAGGGAGGAUCAGGGAGAUGCAGGAGGAUGUCAGGACUGCUAAUGAUGCAGCUGAGAAGGCUGGAUACAGAGCUAGUCAACUGAAUUUGCAGAUGGAGUUUUUGCAGAAGGAGCUGGAGGGACGAAAGAGUCAAAUAAUUGAUAAAAAUGAAGAUAUCGAGGCUGUUAUCAAAGACAAAUCAUCGAAUUUGAAUAUUCUACGAGAAAAAUACGAAGAUAAAAUAACAGAAUUAACGAAACAUGUGAAAAUUCAUCAGAAACUAUCAAACAAGUGGAAGGACGAGGCUCAGUCCUUAGCAAAUAAAUUCCAGAUUCGAUUUAAGGAGCUUAAAACCAAGGCCCACUCGUUGCAAAAGGAGAACGAGCAAUUAAACAAUGAAUUACUUAUGUGUCGUCAGCAGGUGGCUCACUGCAGAGCACAAAUGAUGGAGAGGUACUUCAAAAACCUGCCAAACUCACCAACAAUGUUGUCUUCCGAUAUUACAAUUUUUUUUCAAUCUAUUUCAGCUUCGAUGGUGAUUGCAGAUGACGACGUCGAGUUAGGAUUAUCACAAUUUAUAGCACAGGGUGCAGUGUACCUGUAAAUAUAAAACAAAUCUGUAUCACACCAAAGAACAAAUUAAAGAAAUUAAUUGCA